UUGACAGUAGUUUCUAGCUACACUAUUGAUAUCAGAAUGCUCGCAUCGCUCCAGAAAGCUGCUACUACUACUGCCGCCACUGCCGCUCGAAUGGCUGCCCCGGCUGCUCGCCGAUUCGCGGUCACAGUUGCCGGCUCUGAGGCUGCUGCCAAGCAGCAACUAUCCACUGCUUAUCCUCCUCUCAAGGUUGCAUGGUUCACCGCUUCUUGGUGCGGUCCUUGCAAGCAAGUGACUCCUUAUAUUGAGAACCUUGCGAAGAACAACGAGAAGGUGUCUUUCAUCAAGAUCGACAUUGAUGACUUUGAUGAUAUGGCUCAGGAGAACAAGGUCAUGUCCGUGCCUACGUUCGCCUUCUAUAAGGAUGGCAAGGAGGUUCAGCGUGUGACCGGAGCUGAUCCCGUGAAGAUCGAGGAGAUUGUCAAGCAACUAUGUCAGUAAAUGGCUCAGAGUAACCCCUACGGUGGGUGAUAAAAAUUUGCUCUGCCGCGUUGGAUUUCUUGGUAACAAUCCCUUGAUGUUAUGUGCCAUCGUUUUCGAAUCAAUGAAUACCAUUUAUUGUCUGAUUCUGAA